AUGGCUAUGUGCUGGAUAUUAUUAAGCUUUUCUUUAAGUGUUUCGUGUUGUUUUGCAGCUGAUUUGAGCCUAGAAAAGGAAUUGGCAGCAUUGUACAAGAACACCUAUCUUGGUGAUGGAACAUAUUAUAAGAAGACACCCAAUGGAACCUGUUCAUACACGCCACCAUCUUUACCACCGACAGCACUUAGCCCACAUAUUAAAUAUCUCGUGGCUUUAAAUAAACCUCAGUUCCACGAUGCUAUGACCUGUGGAAUGUGUUUCAGGGUACAUGCUGAAGGUAAAGGAGCAGGUUUAGAUCCUAUUGAAGGUGAUUUCAAUGUGUUUGUAAAAGACAUGUGUCCAGAAUGUUUACAAGGUGAUCUGGAUCUUGCCGAGAAAGGCGAUGGACGCUGGAAGAUCCUAAUGCAAGCUGUACAAUGUCCAGUCGGAAACAGCUACAUUGAAUAUUUGUUGCAGGGUUCUAAUGUGUGGUACAUAAAACUCCAGGUUAGAAACGCCAGAGUGCCAGCAACUGAAGUACGAGCUCUUCAAGGUGAGAAAUGGGUCAAAUUGAAGCACACGUCUGAUGGAUUCUGGGAAUUUUCCACCGGUGAAAAGAUUACAACACCAAUCAGUAUUCAUCUUCGAUCAUUCAGAGGUCACGAUAUUUACGACAUCAUUCCUGAAAUUGUGAAUGACGUGGUGAUAAAGAGUGAAAAGAAGAUACAGUUUCCACUUGAUGUUCAUUUACCAUUUAUCUAA